UCUGGAAUAAAUUCUUUCAUACUUAUUUUACACUCUUCGAGAGUGUGAAAAAAUCUCAGUUGUAGAAGUUUCAGAUCACAAGUUCAGGAGGAUAAGAAUUUCUAAGAGAUGGGAUCUGGGAGUUUUCUCAAGGUGGUGGCGAAGAACUUUGAUGUUCUUGCUGGGCCUUUGGUUACUCUGGCUUACCCUCUAUAUGCCUCAAUUAGAGCAAUUGAGACCAAGUCUCGUGCAGACGAUCAGCAAUGGCUCACAUACUGGGUUCUGUACUCCAUGAUUACCCUAUUCGAGCUCACCUUUGCUAAAGUUAUUGAAUGGCUCCCAUUUUGGUCUUAUGCAAAACUAAUUGUCACCUGCUGGUUGGUUUUGCCUUACUUCAGUGGAGCUGCAUAUGUAUAUGAGCAUUUUGUUAGACCUUUCUUUGUGAACCCACAAACAGUAAAUAUCUGGUACAUCCCACGGAAGAAGGAUGUUUUCAGUAAGCCAGAUGACAUUCUAACAGCUGCAGAGAAAUACAUUGCAGAGAAUGGGACAGAAGCAUUUGAGAAGCUCGUUAGUAAGACUGACAAAGGGGUGGCAUCCAGGAGUAGGAGUAGUAGCAAUUACAUGAUCUUUGAUGAGGAUGACUAUAGAUACUGAGCAUUGUAAUUUUCUAUAUUUUCUUUCUUAGCCUCUUUCCCAGCUGAAGCAACACCUUACAGUGAUGUUACCAUUGUGGAUAUGUAAUGUUGCCUUUCUGUUUUUCCUUUUUUGUGGAUGGAGUGUUGUCCUUUGACUUUAACUUGGCUUUGUUCUCUUUUUGUCUAAUACAAGUUUGUAGGCUUUAAAAGUCAUGUAUUUAUAUUGUACAA